AUGGUACACAGAUUUUGCUUUGAGGCUCUAGACAAAACACUUAGAGAUGUUCUUAGAUUUUCUGAUUCAAGUUGUGUUGAUAAACCAUUUGGUGGGAAAGUUGUUGUUCUUGGGGGUGACUUCAGGCAAAUCUUACCUGUUGUUCCUCAUGGAAGCAAACAAGAUAUAGUCCAUGCAACCAUUAAUUCUUCUUGUCUUUGGUCUCAUCGUCAUUUAUUAACUUUGACCAAGAACAUGCGGCUUAGUUCUGGAAGUGACAUUCACAAUUUAAUGGAAAUAAAGGAAUUUUCUGAUUGGCUUCUUAAAGUCGGGGAUGGUGUUCUUGGAGAUGAUGUGUAUGGAGAAUCUAUUAUAACAAUUCCAGAUGAAUUAUUGAUUAAAAAAUCACUGAAUCCACUUUCAGAUUUGAUGGAUUUUGUGUACCCUGAUAUCUUGGAUCAUAUUUUAGAACCCACAUUCUUUAAAGAACGUGCCAUUCUGACUCCAAAAUUAGCAGAUGUUUCUAUUUUAAAUGAGAACUUAAUGUCUUUGAUUCCAGGUGACGAAAGAAUAUAUUUAAGUUCAGAUAAUAUUUUGAAGCAAGACGGUAAUUCUUCCCUUGAGGAUGAUGAAUUCUCACCUGAGAUCUUAAAUACCUUCUCCUGUUCUGGGCUUCUGGAUCAUAAAUUAAUUUUGAAGGUCAAAGUUCCAGUCAUGCUAUUAAGAAAUAUUGACCAAUCAAGAGGUUUAUGCAAUGGAACAAGAUUGCUUAUUACAAGAUUAGUCAAUCAUGUGGUUGAGGCAACUGUUCUUACAUGA